UUUAAAUAUUUUAGUGAUGGCUUCCAGGAAAUAUAAAUAUCAACGGCGGCAAGACAGUACUUCGGCUGAACAUUGUUGUGUCCCGUUAUGUGAGGCCUCGUCAAAGUUUAAUUCUAUUCUGAGUUUCCACACUUUUCCUGUGGACGAAGAAACACGCAGAAAGUGGAUUCACAACAUUCGACGUGAGAGAUUUAACAUCACAUCUCAUACAAGGGUCUGCAGUCGCCACUUUAAAAGUGAUGAUGUGAUUGAGCCCUCGACCUCUAAAGGGCGUCGCUUGCUGCGAAAGGGAGCUGCACCAACCUUAUUCCAGUGGAACGAGUACUCCGUGGCUGAACCAAGGCGCUCCGGGGUAUGGCAAAGACGGGACACUCAUCUGGAGCAUGAUUAUUGUUCAGUUCCAGAACCCGCGGCAGUUGAUAAUGCACUGGACCAGAGCGAAGAUCUCCAUAAAAAGGUGGAACAACUAAUGAGACAGGUGGAGGAGUUGUCAGUCGGUCAAAGAUUUAGUUUGGGGCGAUUUGCUGCUUCCGAUGAUGAUAUAAGGUUCUACACUAGGUUCAUGACUUACAGGCAUUUAAUGACUUUCUGGAAACUCAUUGAACCUGCAUCCCACAAAAUGAUUCGUGUGACCAGAGCAAGAGCAACUACAAUGAGGAGUGAAGCUGAAACAAGAGGCAGUACAUGGGGUCAGUCCCUGCAGCCCAUUGAUGAGUUUUUCCUCUUCAUGGUCCACCUCUCAGUUGGACCAACACAGCGGGAUCUGUCCCACAGAUUCAACAUUCAUCAGUCUACAGUUAGCCGAAUUAUUACAACCUGGGCCAAUUUUUUGUACACCAUUCUUGGCUCUGUCCGCAUAUGGAUGUCUGAGGAGGAAGUCAAGGCGCAUCUACCCAAUGAGUUCCAGGACUACCCAGACACACAAGUGGUGAUCGACUGCACGGAACUACGUUGCCAAACUCCAUCCUCUCUCCUGCUUCAAAGUGAAGUUUUCUCAAAUUACAAGUCUCAUUGCACCUUCAAGGGGUUAAUCGGCAUGGCACCACAUGGUGUGGUCACCUUUGUGUCUUCCCUGUAUGCAGGAUCUGUCAGUGACAAGGAGCUUUUUAAGCAGUCUGGGAUUGUGUCUCUGUUGAAACCUGGGAUGGCAAUAAUGGUCGACAAAGGUUUUCUUGUUGAUGACUGCGUGCCAUGCAAAGUCUACAGACCUGCUUUCCUGUCAAAAAGGAAACAACUGACGGCUGAUGAGGUAAAGAAGACACAGUCCAUUGCUCGGCUAAGGGUCCACGUCGAGCGUCUCAUCCGCAGGGUGAAGGAACACAAGCUGUUCGACACAGAAAUCCCUCUUUCCAUCACAGGGAGCAUCAACCAGCUGUACACUGUUGCUUGCCUCCUUGUAAAUUACCAGAAUGGCCCCUUAGUAAAAGCAUGGGCAAAGGAUUAAAGACAAGAUAACUUUGUUUGGGGAUUGAUGAAUUUGUAUUUAU